GAUUCAGUAUUAAACUGGCCGUGAAAGUGAAUUUUUGGCUUUGUGGAAUCGGAAGCGAAAGCUAGAAGAUGAUAGCGUUGAUUGUGAGUUUAGAAAAGCAGCAAGGUUUUGAUCAAGGAUUUUUGGUGGCUGCGUGAUCAACCGAAGAUCUUGAUAAGAGUGUUUAAGUGUCCAUGGUUAGGUUCUUGGUACCAUCAAGUUCAAAUAACAGCAGCAGAAGACAAUCAUCAUGUCGAAACGGAAACCAGAUGAAGAAGGUUCUGGAAACAGUGAGCAGGAUUGGGAAAUCUUUGACAUACUCUGUGGAGGAGAGGAGAUCAUGCCAAAACAUCAUCACUCCCCGGUGCAUCAUCACCAUCAUCCCGAACCAUCAUGCAACGAUCAUCACCUUUCUCAUUCGAUCGACUUGGUCACUACACUCCGGAGCGAGUUAGCAGCCUCCACCUACAAACGGGACCGGCUGAUGGCCGAGUUGUCCGAUGCCAAAAGCUCUCUGUGCGCCAAGGAAAACGAAUGUGAAGCUUUGCGGGCACAGAGCGCUCGACAGACUUCGCUCAUCACAUCGUUGCAGCAACGGCUGGCAGUGUCCGAGAACCGAGAGAAGACACUACAUGCCCGGAGCGAGAACGUUGUCGGGACCUUGAACCGAGAUAAGAAACACUUAGAAGAGAAGAUCAAAGAGUUGUGUGAGAAACUACGGAGGUUGGGUUGUGAGUUAACCAAGGAAGAAGGUCACCGGGAUCAGGCGCGAGCUCAUCUGCACGAUUUGGUUCGGAGGUUGUGCCUUUGCUUGGGCGUAGAUGUCUGCGAUUCGACCCACUUGACACCGGAAUGUGUCCUGGCUAAAGCCGGAGAAACUGUUGCUGAACUGCAUAGGUUACGUUCCAAACUGUCCGGUACCUGUGAACAUUUGUCUUCGACGGAGGCAGAACUGAUAACGACAAAGUCGACAGCAUCGGCCGAGAAAACGCGUCUACAAACGCAGAUCGAUGGUUUGCAGUCACUGGCUCAAGGUUUAGAAGGACGUAGCAGGCAAGCAGAGCGUGAUCUUCAAACAGCACGUGAUCGACUGGCUGAGAGUGAAGUCUGUGGAGAUAAACUUAGAGAGGAACUCAGAGGUUUUGAGUCCCGAUGUUGUCGGUUACAGAAUAACCUGGAUCGAUUUCAAACCGAUAGGCUCCAGUUCCUGAGAACUAUGGCAAGCAUAGUUGGGGUUCAGGAGCCUUGUGAAAACAACAUUCGUGAUAAGCUGCGGGAUCUCAUGAACCAUAAUCAGUCACUGCAUGAUCAAUUGACCCAACUGAAAGAACAGCUCCAUCAGGAGGCUUCCAGGCAUCGAGAGCACGAAGAAAGCACAAACUGUCGACUCAAAUCGGAGGAACAACAUCGUACGGGUGUUGAAGAGCGGUUGGAGAAAGCCUGCCAUGAGUUGCAACACUUUCGUGCCGAACACACUACGUUAAGUGAAUACCUAGUUCGAUUGGCUCGAGCCCUCUGUUGGAGCGAGUGUUCGGAACCACCUGCUCCCGGAAGUGAUACGACCAUAAUGAGUGAAACACUGCUGGAACGAGCUGAAAGGCUGGCUACACAUCACGAUCAUCAUCAUGUUCACGGAGUCUGUGAUAAAAACUGCUGGGAGCUGUCGAAUGCGCAUCACCACACGCACCAUCCCCAUUCGCAUUAUCACCAAAAUCAUUUGCCAAAGCUGCGGAGAGAGCGUUCCUGCACCGAUCUGCCGAUGAAGGAAAGCACCACACUGUACAAUCUGCAACGUAGAGUCCGAGUGCUGAGGGAACAGGUCCAGAGGCGGGAUCUCCACCUGGAACUGCUGCGCCGGAAGAUUGCCCUGCUAGAGGACAAUGCUAGGGGCAGGGCUAUGCUACAAACGGAACGUGAUGAGGCAAUGCAUCGAGCCAAGAGAACUUCCAAAAGUGCCGAGAGAACUGCCCACCAGCUGGCCGACGUUAAGGCACAACUUUGUGAAGUUAAAGGUCAGCUCCAGGAAGCAUCGGAUUAUAAGAUUACUGCCCUGGAACGGGGAAGGAAGUGUGAUGAGUUGCAGUCCCGACUUUGUGAGCUGGAAGGUGAACGGGAACGGCUGGUGUCUCAAUUGGCCGCCUAUAAGAAUCGAGCACGGUCGGCAGCGGAAAAUUCCCAUGAACGAAGUCACACUAUAACGCAUCUUCGAGAUGAGUUGUCCCGGAUAAAAACCGAACUCUCAGACACCAAUCAUCGGCUGUCCCAGGUUCAAGCCUUUCGGUCUUCGGUGGCAAAACUGUUACACCUUAGAGAUUGUGCAGAUUCUGAGCUUCUUCACAAGCUUCAAUCUAUCGCCAGUGCCCAUCAUCGAUGUACCUGUUUGGGCAAUUCAUCAUCAGCCGGACGACCUUACGGAUCUAGUUCGCCAUUGGCCGGAAGUGACCAUCACUGUUCCCGGUAUGAUGAUCUGGGUCCACCGGGAAAUAGCUCUUCGGGCUGCAGACCACUAAGCUCCAGUCCCGUCCAUACCAGACGAUAUAUCGAUUCCGGCUUCAACGAUCAUGACCAUCACUUUGACGAUGAUUUCGACUUUGGCAAGAAAUAUUGACGAAAUCAGAAAAACUGCCUUUGAGAAAGUGCUUCGAGUUAACAACGGUAACAUACCAGUUUCGAAUCGGAAACAUGUGGAAACAAAAAUGUGUUCGUUUAUAUCAAAAAUACCUACCCAUAGCUAGAUGUUUUAUGGCAAUCCAAUGCUAUAAGUUAGAUGUUCGUCUGGUGGCGGCACCUAGCGGUCGAUAGUUGAAACAUGUACGUUACGGUUGUACAAAGUA